AUGACUUCGACAAAUGAUGGAAAAGACGUGAAUUGUAAACAAUCAAGUGGCCCAAAAGGCAAAUUAUAUUUUAUUGAACUUUACAAGUUUCUAGACAGUCGGCUGAGUGGGGAGGAGGGCUUGCAGGAGCGCACGCAGCACGUCUGCCAGGCGUGGCAGUCUAUCCACAGCCUGUGUCUGCAGAGCUCGCCCAAGCUCCACCUUCACCUGCUCGGCUGGCUGCAGACCCACACCGCACAGACUAUACUACAUACGGAAUGGCAAAAGCCAGAACUAUUACCACAGCAUGGCAACUUGGCCGAGGCGAUAGAUGUUCAUAUCAACGAAUGCAAAGAUGCGAUCGCGACGAGAAAAGGAUCCGGUCUAUUCUGGGAAAUUCAUUUGCUGAAGAGGGCGGAGUGGUUCAAGAAGGUGCUUUCAAAUCCUUGGGGACAUCCCAUACUCAAGAGGCUAUCAAACCCCACAGAAGAAAAGCCCAGUGAUAAAGAAGUGAUAGAAUGGCUGAAAGAAGAGCGCAGCGAGAUGUUCGUGUCGCGGCUGCGGCAGCUGGCGAUGUCGAAGGCUUGUGACAAAGAGAAAAGUGACAAAAGUGAACCGACGUUUGCUGAUAUAUUGAGUAGGGAAGCUGGUUUUAACUCGGAUGUCUGGGAUCUCCUCACAGAUAUGGAGUUUGUGCUUCUCUUCCAGGGUGAUAAUGCGUCGCGGUGUAUAGAAUUGGCCAAACAACGAUCUCUACGUAGCGGCUACAAGUUGGUGGAGAGGCUACUGGGCCGCGCCGACAAGCUGCCACGCGAUAAAAAACUCUGGAAGAACGCCAAAAAAGUCGCUAAACUUAUUGCACAGGUGACAAUAACCCGGUGCAUGGUGUUGCCGUCGUGCGCGGGCGUGGUGUACGACGCGCUGUACCACUGCGCGCGCUCGCUGGCCGCGCUGCUGCCGGCCGCCGCGUUGCCGCGCGCCGCCAGCGCCCUCGCCGCGCCCGCCGCCACCGCCGCGCACCUCCACACCCUGGCCGCUGCCGUCUCCGAUAAGUGCAAGGAUGAGAUGAAGGCGUUCGUGUGCGAGUUGUACGUGCGCGCGAUCACCACCGGCAUGAACGAACUGGAGAGACUCAAAUUGAAGACUGAAAAGGCAUCGGAAGCGCGGUCCACAGAGCAAAUGUUGUGCACGUGGUUCACGCAGCUCGGCUCCCUGUUAUCUAAGAGUCCUCGCCUGAACUACGAGUGCGCGCUCACCGCUUUCUCUGUCCACCCCUCGCCGGCCAUGUACGAGCGUAUUGUGGCCGCGCCCGCUUUACCUCCGCUCAUUACCAAUAUUGAUACUCAACCUCGGGAAGAUACAAACUCGGAGUUUGGCAGUUGGGCUACCGACAGUCGGACAACGACUAACUUUGUGAAGACUUCAGAAACAUUGAAUAUCAAACAAAUACAAAAUAAUGCGAAUGUGUUGUCGACCGCCGUGCUGACGGAGGGGGAGGCGAUAGGUCUGGGCACGGAUCUGUGUCAAGACUUGGCCGUGCUUCUCUCCGGACCCAGGCAUAAAAUACUCUCCUGGGAUAUUAACAGGGACGUCCUGUUGGAGAACUGUAAGACGUACAUGGAACGUACUGACGGCGGCACGCGCGCUCUCACCACGGAGCUGAAGUAUCUCAACUUAGACCCUCGAUCCUUCCAACAUCUGCCAUUUGAAAAGGACGACGAAGAUAAUAUUUAUUACGGCAUCGAGAAAGGUUACGAACAUUUAGUAGAGCACGAAGAGGUUGAGGUUGAAAAACAAUGGCACGAAGUCCUCUUCGACUCUGAAACGGAAGAUGCGAUAUCCAGUUGUAUGGAUGAUACAGAUUCUCCAGUCAGACGGAAAAAGAAAAAAUCUAAACGUCUUGUAUCCACCGACGAAGAAGUCGAUCCACUUUCAUUAUCUGAUGACCAACAGCACCAAAAGAAAAAGGAGAGACCGCACAGUAAAGAAAGAUUAAAAUCAAAGGCAAAAUCGAGCAAAAACAAAGAUAGCACUGAAAAGAAAGAAAGGAAAGAACGAAAGAAGAAAGAUAAAAUAAAUACAGGAACUGAACCAUCGGUUCCACUAUCAAGUCUUAUUGGCAUGAAAGUUACGAGAGUUGAAAAUGCCUCCGUAAAGCAAGAGAAACAAAAUGAUGAACAAAAUCUAAACAGAAAAUUGUCCAUAACAUCACUUAACUCCGAUAACAGUGACAAUAAUGUCGUAUUUGACGGUUUAUACUCGAUGGAUGAUAUUUAUAGCCCAGAUAAAAGUCAUCGAAGUCUUCAAGCACUUACCAAUAAAACGAUCAAAUCUAAUGCUGAUUUAGAUGACGAUAACAAGCCAUUGUCUCAAGUGGUCAAUGAAAGAUCACUAAAUAACAAAAAUAAAGAGAAAGAAUUACGAAUUAAUUCAGUAAUAACAUCGCAGCAGCAAAGUGCUGUCCCAGAUAAUGGAUCUAGCGUUAACACUAACUAUAAAGACUUUCCGCCCCAACAAGACAAUACGGUGAAGCAAAAUCUAAAAAAACUGAUAGAGGUGAGAAGGUUUAAGAGUGAAAGUAACACACAAGUAAACAAUACAAGUCAAUUACAAAGUUCUGACAAUGGCUUACAUACUCAAAGUCAUAGCAUAGUGUACCCUCCUCAAACACUACAGGAAGACAGUAAAGAUCCGUGUUCCGUGCCAUUGAUUGAAAGUUCCUCGUCGCACCAGUCAAUGAAUAAUGUAAAUUUAAAACAGUUCGAUCACAUAAGUCCUUCUACUAGUGAAGUGAGAAGUAUAUUGAACGGAAAUUCCGGAGCAUCUGAUACCUCAGGGAAACUUUAUGUUGGUCGAAUCGUGUUUGGUUUGGCAAAAUAUACUAGCUCAUUGAAUGAACAGAAAUUGAAGGAAAGUGACGCUCAAAGUAAACCCAAAGCAGCUCCUGUUCCUAAAGUUGAAAAUAAAAACAAUAAAAUACACAGCAAACGACCCCCGGAUAAAGAAAAGCGCAUUGCACAGAAACAAGUUCUUGUUCGUAAUCAGCCACAACAUGAUAAACCUAAAAACAUAAACGAAAUCAAAACUGAGUAUAAUAAUUCCGGUAAUAAAAAUGAUAAACCGAAUAUUAAAAGUGAAACUAUAACCAGUUAUAAUAAUUUGGUUAAUGAAUUACAACCACAACAAGCUGACAAAGUAAAAAAUACAAACGAAACCAAAAGCAUUUACAAGAAUUUGAUAAAUGAAUUACAGCCACAACAACGAUGUGACAAGUUGAAAAGCACAACCGAAACCAAAAAUAAUUACAAAAAUUUUGUAGAUGAAUUAAAGGCGACUAUAAACGCUGGCGCAGUUGAUGACGAAUUUUACAAAGAAUCAGUAACUCAAAAAGACAGAGCCGAACCUUCUAGUAAAACAUUUUCUAUGCCUAACCAAAAUAAAUUAAAAAUUCAUUCAGCUUCAACGCCUCAAUGUGCCAAAUCUGUUAUACACCAAAAGAUAACUGAAGCACCUAACACAUUUGCUAGGCUUAACUAUAUGCAUAAGAACAAGCAAAGCCAUUCGAGAAAUAAACCUACUAGCGGCAUUAAACAAAUACAAGAAAAAAUUUUGGCUUCUGAAUUGGAUAAACAGAUUUCAGAUUAUAAACUGGACAAAUUCCACUAUCUCCAAACCAAAGAUUUAACAAUAUCAAGAGUGGGAACCGGAAUUCAUAACGGACAACCAAAUGAUACUCCAAUAGUAAUACAAAAAAGAGAGGUUCGUGCUCCGUUAGUUUUACAAAAAAGGAACACCCCAAAUAUGAUAAAAGAUCAAUCUGGUAUAUCUAAAGUAAUAAAACCUAAUGAAAAUAAGAUUCCCUUGAAGAUAAAAACAGAAGCCAGCGACGGAACAACGAAGUCGUCUAUGCUAAUGGAAAAAGACCAACAAGACCUGCUAUUACUGUUGCGACAACAAAAUAAGUUAAAUGCUCAAAAUCCUGUUAUAACAACACCUGAAGUCAAAUUCAAUCAUGUUGCUCAAAUUUCUCCCCAAUGUAAGACGGAAAGUAGGAGUCUUAGCCACAACGUUAUUUCUAAUACUCGUGAUUUGAAUGGGGCAGAUUUUCGUCGUUUAACUGACUACGAUAAUAAAAACAUAUUACAUGAAAACUCUUCAAAUAAAACAUUAAUUCUACCAAGCGAUCAAACGCAUCCAUCAGUUAUUAAAAUGACAAGUGGGAGUAAAGCGAUUAUUAAUUCGUCACAAUUGUCGAGGAAGUCGGAAGGUCUCGGCUCAGGCCCAGGAUCGAUGAAUGAUGUUUACUCUGGAAGUAAGAUGCCAGUUAAAAAGGAGAGAUAUACUCAGAAGAAAAACUCAGAAAUACACUUAGACAUCGAAACGAAAUCGGACUGGAAAUUGGUCAUGCAAGAUCUGUUGAAACACAAAACACCGAGCCGAGGUCCAAAUGCUCUCGAUGUAGCACUAAAUAAAGAUUCAUUUACAAAGCAUACAACUAAGAAUACAAUUUGUAAUGAAAAGGCAGUGGGGCUAGAGGCAGUAAAAAGAAACCAAAAGACUCUAGAAAACAGCACCUCGCUUGGUAACACCGGUUAUCAAAGCGUCAUUCCUUCAGAUUAUACCUUGAGGACGGCAGUAACUAGUGUCCCAAUGGCGACGAUACAGCCAGAAGUACUGAAAAGAAUAAGUAAACCAGAAGUUAUGCUGAAAACAGAUAUGUAUUACGUUCCUAAACCAUCAUUACCUGAGGUACCAAAAAUUACGUGUGAUGCUCUCAACAAUCACGAUCCCUUCAUAUCAGGUCUACCGAAUUCAGAUUAUGAUAUAUUGGAGGAACUCAUGGAUGACGAUUUGCGCCAAGAAAUUGGUGAACUGAUUUCAGAUGACGAAUCCUUGCAAUAUGCAAAUGUAACAGACAAAAAAGAAGGUCAAUGUUCUACUAUUGUAACUCCGUUCCAAAAAAGUUUCUACGAUAAUACACAGAGGGCAGCACGUACUCAAGAAAUGCAAAGCAUCUGCACAACAGCUCUUAAGCAAGAUCAUAGUUUCGCAACAACCAAUAUAGCGAGGAAUGUUAUAAAUACUAACUUAGAACAGUUUCCACAGUCAUCUGUAUCGGUUUCUGCUAUCAACAGCGGUGACCGAACUUAUUCCAAUAUAAAAGUUGCUGAAACCACGAAAAUAACUCAUCCAAACAAUAUAGUUCACAACAUUGAAUUUCCUGGUAUGAAAGGGCAUACAAUUUCGUCAAAUAUUUCACACGUUGUUGAAAGUCGAAACUCAUUGCAUACACCUCGUUCAAACAAUGGCGUUUACCAAAAGAGAGAAAAUAAUUUGGAUUCAAGAAAUCUUCUCUUUACAACAAUUUCGCCGAGGGCUUCAAUACAAAAUGUUGGAAUUGGUUUAGAAACGGCUUACAAUCCAUAUUAUACCAUGCCAGUACAAGAAAACGAAAAUACACAAGUACAUAACUUUGAUCCCAACAAGUUUAUAACUAUAAAUAAUAUGCCAAAUAUUUCUUUUUUACCUACAACGACAUUUGCAGCCCCAUUAAUAACUCCGGUUGUUUUUGGCGAUGCUUUAACGCAAGCUGGGACGCAAAAUAACGUACAAAAGACGUUACCCACUUCUACUAUUCAUCCUAUGAAAUAUUCUGGUGAACCAAAUCUUAAUAGUGCCAACCAAUCUAAUAAAUUUAUAGAAACACCAUCAAGGGAUAGUAAAAACAAAAUUACACCAAAGAACGAAAUCAAUUUUCCAGAUGUGAAAUUGGAAAACAAUAAACAUUUAAUCUUGAACAAUGACAAAAAAGAAGUAAAAGAAAGAAAAGCACUACCGCAAGAACUAGUUGGUGUUAAAUUACCACAUACAAAGCCAGACCACAAAUUGUUCCCAACAGUAAAACCCUUGGAAAACAUUGACACGAAGAUACUAUGUUCCAUGCAGAGUAAAAGACUAGAACAAAAGCGCAUGGCAUUAAUAAACAGAGAAACAAGACAUUACACCAAUCGGUCACCAAUACCCUUACCUUAUACGUCAUUAGAAAAAGGUGAAAUCGAAAGCGUUAAGGCAAACAAAUACAAAAAUAGCGAUUUAAACGUAAAAUACGUCUAUGACGAUAUCAUACCUCUAAGUGAAAAAAUAUCUAUCCUUCAUCAUUCGAAAAAUGAAUCGUUGGAAAAGUGUAAAAAUGAUAAGGAUAUACGAAAUGUUGCAGAAUCAACGGAUCCAGAAAACGAAAGAAAAAAUAAAUGUUCGGAUAUAUUACACCAUAAUUCUUUGAAACCUACAACAAACCCUAUAGAAAAACAUGAAACGAUUUUGAAUGAGUCACCUAAAGUAAUAAGUAAAAAAGACAAACUAAAAACACAAAAUUCACCACUAAAAGUUACAUCUACUUUGAAACGUAAAAUCUCAAAAGCAAAAACAUUGAUUAAACCUGCGAAAAUACGUGGAUGCAACGCAAGCAUAAAUCUAAAUAAUUGUCAAGAUAAUUCUAUUGAAGCAACAAGACUUCAGAAAUUAGAAGAGAAUACAGAAAUUCGAGGUAAUUUGGAAAUAAACGGUAAAAUUAUCAAUAAAUACGAUUCUGACCCUUCAAUUAACACGUUCUCCAUUGAAAAUGAAUCGUUUGACAUCGAAGAACAAUUGAUUGGGUCAGUUAUAUCAAAAUCAAUAUUAACUGAAUCUACUAAGCAUUUGGACAUAUUUGAGACUAAGGACAUGACGGUUGACAUUAAUGGCAGAGGCGAAGAAAAAGAAAAUGACUUAAAUAAAUCCCAAAACGUCAUCAACGAAAAACAGGAUACGAAUAACAUCGAGGCUGACGAAACUAGUAUAAAAAAUAAUUGCAGUGAACAAAAGUCUAACACAGAUAUUGCUAGUACAAAAAUAUGUAAUGGUAAAAGCGUUUUACGUCGCUUGAAGAAAAAGAGGAUUGCGUAUAAAAAUCCCAGCGAUGAAAUAAAAACUUUUAAAACACUUACUGGCAAUGAAAGUUCAAAAAAUAAAUUGAGUAUAAAGUCACCACUUGCAAAUAAUGAUGUCUUGCAUGAAAAUAGAAACGAGACAAAAGUCUUAUCUACAGAUAACAAUUCUUCUAUAAAACAAAAGGAACAAACAGUUUCUGAUGAAGUGAUAGAUUUGGAUGAAGUCCCUGAAACAAGCGUUCCUCAAAUCGAGUUGACGAAUAACUUGGUUCCUGUAAAUAAUAAUGAUAAGCUUGCAAAUUGUAGAUUGCAAUGUUAUAGAGCAUUCAAUAAAAAAAAUGCACUUAAAAAACGAUGCCAAAAAAUUUACACGGGAAAAAUGGACUUGAAACAAAUAAUAUUUCAGGAAGUUUCGCCCAAAACAACAAAAAACAAAGGUUCUAAAGCUAUACAUGUAAUUUUGCCUAACGGGAUAAAGUUUAGAGCAAUAAUUAAAGGAAAUAAGAAUUGCGAUAUCAAUAAUUUAGUCAUCGAUACAAGCCUUAAAUGUUCAUUAUUGAAUAAUUUUUUUAACAAUAAAAUCACCUUUAGUCGUAAAGUUCGCCAAAAGAAAUCUAUCGGGUUUUCUACAACGACAAAGAAGAGCUUGGAAAAUACAAAUGUGAUUGAAACAAUAGAUUUAAUAAGCGAUGAAGAAAUUGACUCUGGUGUUACUCCACCAACGGAGAUCGGCGAUUUCUCAAUAUCUUCUUUAGACAAAGAUCUUGCUAAACAUCAAACUAAAUUAUCUAGUAAAUGUACUGUGUCGUUAAACAGAUAUUCUAUAGAAGAAUUAAUUGCAUUAAAAAGAAGCAUUAAAGAUACAAAAUCGUGCGGCAUAGAGAAAAGCAUUGAAUGCUUAGCACCAACAAACAAAGCAUUUCAAAAUAUACAAGUCGACGAAUCUGAACAAAGCACUAAAAUUCCUAUUUUAUGUGAUGAAAACGUUUUAGAAACUACAGAUUUGGAAGAAAGUUUAAAUAAUGAUUAUACCCUAAACGAAACACAGAUAGAUUUAGGUUCUGAAAAAAUAAGUAUGGAAUCUACUACAGAUGAAAUUCAAAAUGUACCUGUUACGUUAAUAUCAAGUGAGGAAGUUAACGAUGUAGAUUCAAUUUCUCCGACAACUGUAGAACAAAAACAAGAUUUUCAUGGACUGGAUGAACGAACACAACAACACACAAAUAAUUUCGAUUGUUUCAUAAAACUUACCAGAUGUGAUAAUUUACUGAAAAACAUCGGUGCAUUGAAUCAGAAAUGUUAUGUCGAACUUGUUCGAUGCGACGAUACUGAAACAUUUAAUAAAGCAAACCCAAGUCCAAGCCCUCACCUCUUGGAAGAAAGAACAUUAAAAGAGAACGAUCGCAAUAAUAUGGAUUUAAAUGAAGACGACAUUGGGGACUGCAAAAUAAAUGAUGAGUUAAUAAAUCCCUUAGUUGAAGACGAAGAAAACAAAUAUGAACCAAAACUCGAACGAAGCACAUCUUGUUCAAUAUUGACUGAUUUCCUAAUAUGCAAAGAAACGAUGGAUUAUACUACGAUCGAUAAAAAAGUUAUAAAUGUCAAUAAACAAGAAGGGUUAAAAUCACCUGUAUAUUUUGAAGAUACCUGUUACGCAGAAUGGUCAAUGACAAAACGUGAUAUAUAUCUGCAAACUGCUAUGCCAAUGGAAAGUAUUCACCAAGAUCCUAAUUUGUUCGAUAACAGUCCGGACUAUGCUGAACUCUCUACGCAAGUAAAAGGUAAUGUUAAAACAAAAAAAUCCAAUUCUGUUCCUGAAAUACUUCCAACGUUUCAAGUUCAAAGUUUGAGUAAAUUGGCAUUAAAGUUUUUCGAAAGUAAUACAUUAUUGGAUUUGUUAUAUCCUAUAUCACACGACACUGCAAAUAUGACAGAAAAUAGUAAACCUCCGCUGAAAAGAAAAUUAAGUUAUCAGUACAGAUCAUCUAGUAAGAAAAUAUCAAAGCUUGAACAUCAAAUACCAUCGUGCGGAGAAAAUGUUGUUACUGAACAAGUUAAAAAUAAACCUUGUGUAGUUACUGGUAGUAAAUUAAGUACAGAAAGUGCCAAUGAUUUUGACGAAAUAGAAUUAGCAAAUAAUCCUAGUGAAGACAAAAAUAACUUUUGUAUAGACACAGAAGAACCUUCCAGUGUAAUCGAAAGCGUUAUUACUCCGAAGUGUGAUAUGACUUUUGACAAAGAUACGGGUCUAAAUAUUGUAGAGCAAAUAGACAUUGAAUGUAAUAAAUAUAAUAAAGACAUAGAUCUUUUUGAUGACGCAAAUAGAUUAAAUAAAACUAUACCUAUAGAAACUGAUAUAUGCAAAGAUGAUACUACUAAAUUAGAAUCGUUGGCAAAGAGUUAUUCAUACAUGAAAGAUAUUUCUAAUACAUCAGAUACAACGCAAGGUCUUAACGAAAUUUGCGUUUCUGAUAUUGAUAAACCUAAAGAUCUUUGUGACAGUUUUCACAUAAUAGAAGAAAAUGAUAUCGCAAUUACGGAUAAUUCAAAAAUUUGUAAUCAGUCUAAAAAUAAAAAGAUUUAUAUAAAUAUUGACCAUAGUUAUGCUGCGAUUAAUAAGGACGACAGUAAUAGUUUCUAUCAUGUAAGUAAAACCAAGUACUGCGAUAAUGAAGACGAUAUUUCGGAUUUAACAAAUCAGGAUUGUAAUGUAAUCAAUUCAACUACAGAAGUACAAAAUAUUACUACUGAAACAGUUCAAGACUUAGUCCUAGGUAAUGUUGAAAAUGGUGAUGUAACGUAUGAACAAGGAGCUGAAGAUAAAUACGAUGUUCUCAGAAAUGUAACACUUGUAUACCAAGAUGAUGCGAAAAUUGUGUUAAGAGGCAUAGAAUAUGAAGAUCCUAUUGCUGGCACAUGUUACAUGUUUCCUUUGGAAAAUAAUACAAUGUUUUCCGAUGUAGUUGAUGAAGGCGAUUACUUACGUGAUGAAAAAGAUGAAUAUACCGGUGACGAUGAUAAGAUGCAAGUAAAAUCUAGUACUGAGAUAGAUGUACUAAGUGAUGAUAGUUUAUCAAUUGUACCACCUACAAAAACAUACUUAAGAUACGAAAAAGAUGACAAACAAAGUUUGGACAGAUUAAGUAAGAGCGGCUUAAAACGUAAAUAUUCUCUAGAUCAUCAGAUGUGUAAAAAACGUUACAGAAAAAGCAAAAACAUUGAUUAUCUAAAAGCGAGCGUUGACACGCAAAAGAAUACAGCUUAUGGUAAAGAGUAUAAACAGCUGUUGCAUUACUACAGUUCUAUAAAAUUUUCCUAUACAAGACCCUUUGAUAAAGAACAAAUUGACGUUCCUAAGUUACUCAGUGCUUGGCCAAUAAAAGAAACGCACAACAUGCCGUUAUUUGAUACUGAGUCAUCUGAUUUAUUUAAAGAUAAUUGUGAGCAACGGUGUUAUCCAGAUCCAUUAAAACAAACAUUGGUGGAAGAAUUAUCUGCUGAAGUUACUGAAUACUCCAUCACUUCGGAUGAUACUAGUGAUACUAAUUUCAAUAUGGGUUUUGGUGAGGAGUCCGGCAGAGUCAUACAAAAUUUAGAAAAGAAGGAUGAUAUUUUAAAAUUUUCGGCUGCGACUCUGUCGGACGUAAAGCAAUCUCAGCCGUUUUUAAUGUCCCAAGAAUAUGUGGGCUGCGAAAAUUCAAUUGAGGUAUCUAAUUUAUUUAGUUCAUCUAAAAAGAAUCAAAACAUUAAAUUAAAAACUGAUUACAUACAAUUAAAAGACAAGGUACGUUCGUAUUUUAAGAAAACAGCUAUAGAGUUGAAGUAUAACUGGAUCAGAGACAAUUUGAAAGAUAAAGAUGUGAUGCGGAAUAUUAAUGGAGAUAAUAACUUCACAAAUUGUCUACUAGACUUUUACUUGUAUGAUUUUAUUGAGCCUCCUCCAAUCGAAAGUAUUGUACAAGUUGUCCAAAUUGGACAGCUACCGGUUAGCGCUGCUGCGCAAAACCCUGUCAGUUGUGACCCUCGCGUAACACAAGUUGCAAACGCCAGUCCUCCGCAAUGUUCCGAAGAAAAUAGUUCACAUGAUGAUUCCCAUUCGCCAGUUAAAACGGAGUAUACGGAACUCACAACUGCAGACCUCACCUUGCCGUUAGUGGCAGAGUAUAAUCGCCAUGAUUGUCAUAAAAUAACAGAAUCUCAAGAACCUGCACAUUUACAUAACAAUCAAGAAAUUUUACAGUCUGAAUUCGGCUACGGUGGCAAAAUGGAUACUAAAAAAGAUUAUAAUCACGACGAAGUUAAGGAUUUGAGUCUUAAAAAUAAAGAAUUUCAAACGCUAGGAAAAGAAAAACCAAAUCAUUCAGUUUAUCAUUACGAUACCAAUGCUGACAACGAAUGUUCAGAGUUAGAUACUCCGACAACCUUUUUUGAUCCAACUAAAAAACAAAAUACUGUAUCGGAAAGAACGGAUCAAAUAGCUCAUGCAAUGAGUGCCGCGGGUAUUACGACGACAAUUGAGGACAACUCAAAAGCACAAGCGUUGGUAGAUAAUAUAUCUGAAGAUUUGCAUCAAAGCAACGUAGAUCCGACUCAAAAUCACAUAAACGAUUGUCCAAAUACCGCGUCCAUUAACGCAGUAGCUUUGCAGCAAGCUUUAGCGCAAAUUCUUCCUCCUCCGUUAAGCCACACAAGUAGCGCAGAAACUGAUUCACAGACGUCAUCAAUAACACCACAAGUAUUGCACAUCGUAAAAGGGAAACAUUCUGAAGGUAAUCAAAUAACACUCGUCGAUAACGUUCAGCAAUCUGUUAUAAGUACACCUAACGCUGCGCCUGUACUACAUAUUGUACAAAACAAGGGUGCAAAACCAAAUCCAACUAAUAACGGGCCCUCUGUACAACAAACUAAUUCAUUUGGGGCACUGUCUCUGGUGGAAACUGGACACCAAAAUGGCAAUCAACUCCUCCACAUAGUCAACGCAGGGAAUCAAAAAGACACCACUGCAAAUCAACUUCUUAAAACUGUAAAUCUUCUUACUAAUCUUGCUAAUGUUCAAGGUUCAAAUGAACAAAAAAUGUUACAAUUCGUGUGUAAAUCUACCGACGGCAAAGCUAUUCAGUUAAACACUCCACAUCAUGGUAGCAUGGUUCUGAGAUUACAGCCCAUUGAAACCCAAAGUGUUCAGGAUGGUCCAUCAAAUAAUCAAGAAUGUAGCCCAACGCCUGCUGCAGCAAGUAAUGCACCUGUUGAAGAAAACCUCAAUACACAACAAGAAAUAAAAUCUCGAUCUGUAUACGAGGAAAACUAUGCAAAAUUUAUCCAGAACACUUCAAAUAAAUCAAAUCCAGAAAAGGGCACAAGCCUCCCAAAAUUCAAUCAAGCUUUUGGAAAACCUGUAUUUCAAGAGGAAAAUCAAAAAGAAAGCGAAAUUAAUAGUAACGACACACAUUUGACAUCCGGGAAUUCAGUCGAUGAUACUCCUGAAACUUCCGAAAUGAAUCUUGAUCACAUUGCGCAAAUAAGUAGUCCGCCAUUGUUGCUGCGAAAAUCGCCCCAAAGUUCGCAAGCACCACCUAGUUUAGUUCCACAAUUAAAGCAGUCCGUUACUCCUAUGAAUAUUCAAACUAUGCACGGUGGAGUGAUUUAUACACGACAAAUACCUGUUAAUAUUGGCGGAGGACAGACAAUAAAUUUGAUAACUGUACCAAGUACGGAAUUAGUAGAUGAUUCUAACCAAAAACAUCAGGAUGUCAAGUUUGUUAAUCAAGGCGAUAUUGUUGAACCAUCUAUAAUUAAAAUUGUACCGCAAACUACGCCUAAUUCAGACCUGUCACCUGAUGAAAAUCAAAACGCUGGUACUUUAAACGAAGGUGGGCAAAAUACUCAAUCUCAACCCGUUUUAACACAGAUGCGUAUAAAAUUACCGAUGUUAAGUAAAGCACCACAAAUGGUGACUGGUACAAGAGUAGUUAGGCCGUCAUUUUUUCAAAUCCAAAGAAACGUCAUCGGAGGCGCCAACCAACCUGUCUAUCAACAGUUGGUUCUAACUACUGCACCGCCACUGGGCCAACAGACUAUAAGAUUACCACAGUCGCCAAUGACAAGGCCAAUUAAAGUACCUAGCGAAAGUUCCCCGGAAUCACACUUGAGUUCUUCGACUCUCGAACAAUUAAGAGAAUUUGACAUGGUAUUAGAACAAGUCAAAGAAAGGAGUACGGUACAACCUAGUUCUACCGCAAAUACUCCCAUUUCCAAACCUCACACUACCACAUCUAGUGACGCAAAAGACGGUGCCUCGCCCGCUCCGACUCCUUCAGAGCCAACUCCAGUACUAUAUUCUGUUGGAGCAAAUCAACAGUUUAAUGUCGCAUAUGUGAAUAAGAAGUCUACCGUCACAACACCAACUACUUCAACGGUCGUUCGAUCCCCAGAUUCAUCAGUAACUGAAUCUCCCACUUCUUCUAAUCAUGUUCAGGUUUCACAAACGGUAACAACAGCUACAACCUCUAACAGUACAUCUGUGCAACAAAGCAAUCCAAAGCCUAAAGUAAGUUCUAGGUCAAGACCAAGACCGAAAGCUUCGUCGAAUCCUCCAAAUACAUUAAAAUUAAAUAACGUCCCAUCUAAGCCCUCAACACAGAAGCCGAUAGAAGAUGAGCAGACGACGCAAAGAAUCCUUUACAUAUUAGCCGAAUACAGAGAGCAAGUUGAGAAUUGUCCCGAUAAGAAUAAACCGGCGCCUCGUAGACGAACAAAUCCACCAUCCAAUCCGGGAUCCUCGAAACGAAAAAAGAGCUCAAGUGGUUCAAGACGAUCUGGUGCGCGCGACUCGAGUCCCAUAAAUGGUGAUGACGCCAAUCGCACCAUGGGAUCAGAAGACAGCAGUUGCGGGACGUCGCAGGGCGAUUGUAAUGAGAACUGUUUAGAAACCCCUUCGCCCCAAGAUAGUCCACGUAAACUACCAAGAAAGUUGUCCUUCGAAAACGAAACACCGCCUCCUCAACCGCGACCGCAGCUGCAGCGCAAUGUGAUAGUUGCUGACGGCCAGACUAUCACCGUUGCUCGGGGACCGACGGGAAAACCCGCUACGGCGCUGCUAAUGCCGGCUAAUUACAUCCUGCCCGUCUCGAUGCUAAAGGGCGGUCAGCAAAUAGCUAUAGUCACAAAUCGCGGUCCAAAACUUUUAACCCUAAGCGGUGAAGGUGGAACGACCGGUGCGCUGUUAUUGCAACGGUUGAUUGGUCCCGCCGGGCUAAAGCCAAUGUUGGCCCGGCCCGGUGUACGCCAUGUGCGGCUGCCUGCAGCGGCGCUGCACAAUCUUCACGCGUUCAACUUUACAACUGCCACAACGGUGCAGCCGCCCGACAGCACGAUGUCGCCUGCAUCCGCAACUACUCCCCCAGACCUCGUGGAGACUGGAACGGCGGCUUCGCCUUGGAUUGAAAAGGAGACCCAAAGCGUUAAACCGGAACGAAGUCCUAGUCCGGACGGGUCCGAGCCUUGGAACGUUCCGACAUCGGCCAAUACUCACGAAUAUACCUAUGAAGAGACUGUGCGCACCGACAACUUGGACAGGACCGUUCUUGUUGUGCAGAAAAGAGACAUUACAUCACACCGUCAACACAGAUUGACACACGUGGCCACCGCAGCCCUGAGGCACAAAUAUGCCAUUUUAGAACAUGAACUAAGACUUCAGAAAUCGUUAUCAGAGGAAUGCGAGGAUUUGGGCGUGGAUUCACCGUCUGCCUCCGAACUGUUCCCGGAGGCGGAGCUGCUGUUCGCUGGCUCCCCGGCACAGGACCACACGCAGGACCAGCACCCACACCGCCCACACACACCUCCACCCGUUAUUAUUAACCAAAGCGUGCCUCGACCGGACAUGGACGAUCAGAUUGCCACAGACCAUCUCCUGCAGCGCCCCGACUUACAGGAGGAGACUAACAGCGACCUGGCUAUGAACCUGGGACUGGACGACGUCGGUAUCGUCACCGUCACUGAGAACGGAGCAACCAUCACCUUAGACCACGAGGAGUUUGCAAGAUCGCAUCCUAAUACCACCUUCCAUAAAGAACCGACAGAAGAGACGGAGAUGCAUCCGUAUACAGUAACGGGAAUUAAGAGCCGCCACAUUACAUCGACAAUAUUCCACGCCAGUAGAGCCCCGGCCACGGUGCUGAUGGGCCCGCAGACCACUGUCAUCUCCCAAGCCAGUCACGACAGUCCGCACAUACAGCACAACGUGCGGUACUCGCACAUGGACAACGUCAUUAACACGCCGGCAUCGCACCAUCACAACCUCAACCUGAACACCGUGCUGGUGAAAGACGAUGGCCUCACCAGAUACGACAGCAUCCUCACCGAUUCCCGGGAACUGCAUCUCUCCAACACCGCCUCCGCCAUCGUCCACUCGGUCGGCAACGCCACACAAGUCAUCAGGAGAGUUGGCUACGAUGACGACAAACGGGACUCGAGAUUCCUCAUGGACGAUGACACAAUGAUGACCGGAGACGACUCCAAAAUGAUGGGAGAAGACAACUCGAGGGAGGCGCUCGAAUCCAUGUGCGGCGAUGUGGACUAUCGAUCGUCUCCAGAGCGCCAGACGGAACUCUACUGGGAAUCCAACUCUGUCGUGGAUCAUUCUGAGAGCAGACGACAGAUGGACUUUAGCAGCGAUAGUGAAAAGUGUUGCAGAAGCCCGCCCUACGAAGAGAACAACUCCACGGACUCGAGUGGUAUGAGCACCCAAGUGAGACUGGACUCGGUGAUUAAAGACGCGAGGGGAAUGGACCGCAGCGGAAGUGCAGACGGCUCCUCGGCUGAUGACACGCUGCCCCCGCUGCGUACGUACCCUGCUAAGAGGGUGUACCAUCACCCCGUGGACAGAGAUACAGGCAGAAGUCUAUCAGGGAAGACUAGAGCUGGGGAAGGUCUGGAUAUCCUGGAUGUGCGACGGCGUGCGUCCGGCCGCGGUGUGGUGAAGCGCUGCUGCCAUUGCUGCUCCGGUUCACCCCUGCCGCCGCGACCCAAGAAACCUAAACCCAGAAAACCCUCCCUGGACUACCACAUGCACUGAACAAAGACGAGCAUAUACCAGACUGAACGAUGAUCUCAUUCGCGUGAGGUUCCAAAUAGUUUUAAAUAGUGAUAAAAAUUGUUAAACUUGUUUUGUAUAUAACCUUGUGUAGCUAACUUCCGCGACUGUCUCUUCUGUUGAUUAGCUUAAGCUUUAAGUGUUAUAUAAGUUGCGGUCUAUCACCGGUCAGUUCAAAUCUUUUGUACGUUUCUUGACUCACGGGAGGCAUUUUUAUUGUUAUUUUCUUUUUGUAAUUCUUGUAAUAUAUUCCUUAUAUACACUAAAGGAUUGUAUAAUACUGUACUUCUGUAGGUAUAUUUGAUUGUAGGUUAAGUGUUUCCUUUAGCAUAACAGGCUAUACUCAAACGUGAAUUUAAUUACUUAGGUAUUAGACUAUGAACGAUGUUUAAUAUGGCCCCUUCUUGAUGUUAGACUGAUUAUAUUUCUCCUUAGUAUUUCACACUGAAAUUCGAUUAAAGAUUUUUUUUUCUAUUUUAAUAUACUGUAUUAUAUUCGUAUAGUAUAUAAGCGACUUCCAUCGUGAUGCACAAAAUCUAUCGACCGAUAACGUCAGCUUUAAAUUAGUGGGUUUUUUUUUAUAUUUUAGUAACAUUAACUGUGAAUAGAAAAUUCAGUUACGACACUAUGUGCUUUAUAUAAUUUAUCAGACGGCUAUUGACAUGUUCAAUUUAUUUAAGAUAUUUGAAUUUUUUUGAUAUCCAUAGAUUAAUUUGUAUAUGUAAAUACAACCCGCCCAGUUCGCUUUCGGGGAGCGUCUAGUCACUUAUGUGUUGCGGCGGAAGCGCAGCGGAUACUAAAGUCCAGUAUUCAACCAGCUUCUGUAUAUAAUAUGCAGAUCUAGAUAAAAUAUAUAAAAUAAUCUAAAUAGCUGUAUUAAUAAGAUAAUUCAUGUCUCGUUGUAUAUAAAAGAGAAUGGGGAAAUGUUAACAUUUAGUGAAUUUAGCAAUUAUGGGCGCAUUUAUAGUUAAUUAUGAAGCCCGAUAUCAUAAGGCGGGUUUAUUAGUACGCUGUGUUGCCAUGAUGGGGAAAAAUAUUGAAAUUUCUUGAUUUAAAUCGAGUAUCUAGUAUUAUUUGAAUUUAAAAAUUAUUAUCUUUACGUACAGUUUCAUGUUACCCUUCAGGUAUUUAAUCGCGAAUGGGGUAGGGUGAGAUAGAUUUAGUCUGUGUUACCAGUUAAAUGUUUAAUGUCGGUCAGAGAGUAUGUCAGUCAAAAAAACUUAACGUGGUGUUGACAAAAUAAAAGUUUAAAAUCAACUAACAAGAAUUAAUAUUCUGGUUAAUAUUAUGUAACCGGUUUUUAUUUGAUUUUUUUCAGGCAAUGACAAAUAUACGUUUAACCCGUAUUUUUAUGAUCUUGGCUUAAAUCAAGAUUUUCCAUAUUUAUCAGAAUAACACAUUAAUCUUAGGUUUAAGAUAGUGGUAUUAGGGAAUGUGUGCACGCGGCCACUAUACCCGAUAUUCUCUGGGCAAGUGAUUCAAUGUUAGUGAGCGCAUUACUUAAGAUGUUUUGAGACCUUUGAAUUUAUUUUUUAUUUCUCUCCCCGUUAAAGGCGACAUAGUUUUUUCUGCCAUUUCGUAAACUUAAGGUUCAAAUUUUUUAUAUCCAAAUAUACUGUUUGCGAAUAUUGUAGGUCGAUAUUAUCAUACAUUGAGGAGAUUUAUUUGUCUUAUGUUAUUUUAUUCGAUUUUAAAAAUUUAUUAGACGUAAUAAAUGUUUUGUGUUU